AAAAAGCUGAGUUGAGGAGAAAGCUGGAAGAAGUGCCUUUUAACAGUAGGACCGCUGUUUUUACACUCUUCUUCCUGUCCGCUCAGGUGCUGAUGGAUGUCAAAUUAGAAAGAUCAAAGCCCUCGUUGGCACCGAGUCAUUACUGGGACUCCAGCUCCUCUGGGGCCCCGGGGCCUCUGCAUUCCUUUCUGGUCUGGACCGAGCCGGGGAGGCGCUCCUUGGAUCCGGUGGGCAACAUGGCUUCUGACGGCGCUGCGGCCCCUCUCGGCUCCAUCGACAAUCCGGCGAAGUUCCAGAACCAGGACUUCGACGCUCUGCUGCAGGAGUGUCUGAAGGAUAAAAAGCUGUUUGCAGAUCCCACUUUUCCUGCUGAGCAGAAGUCCAUCGGGAUGCCCAAAGAUCCAAAUCCAGCGAAGGAGAUCAAAUGGAAGCGACCCAAGGAAAUCAGUGCAGAUGCCUUGUUUGUGGAGGACACCAUUGGGACGACAGAUAUCUGUCAGGGCCAACUGGGUGACUGCUGGCUGCUGGCUGCCCUCUCCUCGCUCACCGUCCAUUCGAAGCUCUUUGCUAAGGUGGUUCCCCCCAACCAGAGCCUGUCGGAUUCGUACGCAGGGAUCUUCCAUUUCAGGUUCUGGCAGUAUGGUGAGUGGGUGGAGGUGGUUGUGGAUGACAGGCUGCCAGUGCGCGAAGGCCGUCUGCUCUUCAGCUACUCUCGCACCCGCAACGAGUUUUGGAGCGCCCUGGUGGAGAAGGCCUAUGCCAAGUUGGUGGGGUCCUACGGGAGCCUGAAGGGUGGCAACAUCUCGGAGGGCAUGGAGGACUUCACGGGAGGCAUCGCGUACUCUCUUCCUGUCGCGUCCCGCACCCCUCCGGUCCUCUGGAGGAUCCUGACCGCCUCUCUGUCCAGAGGCAGCCUGCUCAGCUGCUUCAUCCAGGCCUCGAGCUACGCCGAGGUCGGUAAGGUGACGGCGGACGGGCUGGUAAAGGGCCACGCCUACGCCAUCACGGACACAAACAAGGUAGCAAAAGGACCGGAGGAGGUUCUGCUGCUGAAGCUGAGGAACCCGUGGGGUUUUGUUGAGUUUUGCGGCUCCUGGAGUGACAAGUGCAAGGAGUGGGCGGACACGGAGCAGUCGGAAAAGCAGCGGAUCAAGCUCAAACUGGAAGAAGACGGGGAGUUCUGGAUCAGCGCCGGUGACUUCAGCGCAAUGUUUAACGUCGUGGAGCUCUGCAGUGUGAGUCCAGAGUCUCUGGAGGACGGAGACACAUCCACCGGCCAGUCCACCUGGACCAUCAGCGAACACAAAGGCUCCUGGGUGUCAGGAAGCUCUGCUGGCGGCAGCCGCAAAUACAACAAGUCCUUCUGGAAGAACCCCCAGUUCGAGUUGGUGCUCAGAGAGCAGGACCAGGAAGACGAGGACGAGGAAGAGGAGGACGACAAUGACGGCGAGGAGGAUGAGAUCGACAAGGGCGAGGAGGUUCUGAAAGAGAAGAACAAAGCCAAGACGCAGAAGCAGAAGAAGAAGCACUGCACGGUGCUGGUGGAGCUGCUGCAGAGAAACCGCCGGCAGAACGACAAGAUCAACUUCCUGUACAUCGCUUUCCACGUCUACAAGGUUCCUCCUGAGCUGCAAGGUGCCUGCCUGGAUCGCAACUUCUUCAUGAACACCCGUCCGGUGGGUCGUUCUGGGACAUACAAGGCCCAAAGGGGCAUCUGGAGGAAGCUGCGUCUGGAUCCGGGUCACUAUGUCAUCGUCGGAUCCACUUAUCGGCCCAACCAGCCGGGAGAGUUCUUCAUUCGCAUUUUCUCCAAAACAAGAAACACUCUUGGGGUUCAGGACUUCACCUGCUCCUCUGACUACCUACCAGUUAUGGCUGCUCCUCUCGUCCCGGAGGACCAAACCAAAGUUGAGAAGACUUUUGAUGAGAAGGCCGGCCCAGAUGACAGACUGAACGCUCAAGAGAUCAUGGAACUGAUCAACUCAGUGUUUGACAAAAGUUGCCAUCUGCCUCUGGAGACGUGCAGACAGAUCAUCUUCGGAGAGGAUACCGAGGGGCGCGCCACUCUCAGCCGUGAGCAAGCAGAGACCGUGCUGGCCGACCUGCUCGCUCUGCAGUCCGUCUUUGUUCAGUUCGAUGAGGACUCUUCUGGAAGCAUCAGCCCCUUCGAGCUCAGCUUGGCACUAGAAGCCGUCGGAAUGACGUGUGACGGCAAAGUAGUCCAGCUCCUUUCUGAGCGCUUUGUGGGCGGAGAGCCUCACCUGUCCUUCCAUGGCUUCGUCUCCUGUGUCUCCAGGCUGCGCAAACUCUUUGCUCUGUUUGAGGUCGAGACGAGCCCAGAGGUGAAAGACAGAGGCAUCAACUCUUGGCUGCUUCGGUUUCUGGCUCUGUAAAGGAGCAGCAUGAAGAUGAGCUACAGAUGGAGCGAGACGAGCCGCCAGUGGGAUAAAAUAACAAAAAUGUAACGUGUUCUACAAGAAAAGCUCUUUUCGUUUAAGUUUUCUUGUUCUUGUAUCAACAACUUGAAUAGUGGUUAAAUAUUUCUGAAUGGUUCUUUAGAAAUUAUUUUCUUAAUUAAAAAAAAAAUAGACUGCUUCAAGCUUUCACUUUCAUAUUCAAACUUUUUGUUUUUUAUUUAGCUGACUAAAUAUAACCCAGUGUUUUUUUUCUUCCAAGUUUUGAACCGACUUAGAUUAAAGUUUUCAUGAUUUUUGCCAGUUAAACUUGAUGCAUCCUUUUUAUAUUUGUUAUGACUUUCUGCCCAUAUCUAAAUAAAAUUAGGAAAGGUCUUCCACUCUUCCUUUAAAACCGA